CUUCAUUCUUCUGCUCCCAAGGCUCGACGAUGAAGUUCUCUCACACUUUGCAGUUUAAUGCUGUGCCAGAAUGGACAGAUUAUUACAUGGCUUAUGACCAUUUGAAGAAACUCAUCUAUCAAUUGGAAAAGGAGCGGGUAGAAGAAAUGUCCAAUAACCCUAAUAUGGACCCAGAGAAGGCUACCAAUUUCUCUGAUGAAGAGUUUCAUCGUAACAAUGAGCGCUUCAUUGAAGCACUGGACUUGCAACUGGAGAAAGUCUUUGAUUUCUACACAGAGAAAGAAGCAGAGCUUUAUGCAGAGUUAGAACAACUUCAAAUCGACAGCGAGAGUCCUGAUUUCGACGGUGAACUAAAGCCAUCGCAACUGGAGAUGCUUGACUCUACCCAUGAACGUCGCCGUUCCAGUGCUAUCAGAGCAGCUCCCAAAGCAAGCGAAGCUCAUUACGUCAAUAUUGCUUCCAGCACCAACAAUUUGAGCGACCUUAAUGUGGUAGACACUUUGGCGCGUACCAGUACACGCCGUUCCAGUGUAUCCCGCAAGUCAUUCCAGUCAGCCCAAUCUGUCUCCACCGUUGCUUACAAUCGCCUGGUCUCAUUUCGAACAAGAUGCAUUGGCUUGUAUGUGGCUUUAUCCGAACUACAGAGCUUCCAAGACCUCAACCGCAAAGGCUUUGACAAGAUUCUUAAGAAGCAUGACAAGCUAUUGGAUGGUAACCUCCGUGAAAUCUACCUCAAAAAAAUGGUACUGGAAAGUAGACCAUUCAUGACGGAAACUCGCCAAGCCUUGGAAAAACAAAUCGAACGAGUUGAAAAAAUAUAUGCUGAUGUUUUCACCAAUGGCAAUGUCAAUGCUGCAGUUCGAGAAUUCCGCACUCAUCUUCGUGAUCAUAUUGUCUAUGAGCGAAACACCGUUUGGAAGGAUAUGAUCGGUCAAGAACGAAGGACAAUGGAUGCUCAUGUCAAGGACGCCCCAAAGCCACUCUUCACAAUUCCAUACAUCAACAUUCCUGUCACGAGAGGCUUAUUGAACAGCACCAUCAGCUUUUUAGUUGCAGUGGUUGCUUUUGUUGUGUUCCUUAAUGUCGAUAUCUUUGGCUCAAGACCUGAAAACUACUGCUUUGCUUUGUUGAUCUUCUGCGCUAUCUUGUGGGCUACGGAGGCUGUGCCUUUGUAUUCCACUGCUAUGCUUAUCCCAUUCCUCAUCGUUCUUUUGCAAGUCAUGCGUAAUCCCGACGGUAGUGUCAUGACCGCCACAAAUGCUUCCAAGGCUGUUUUCCAGUCCAUGUUUUCCGGAACCAUCAUGAUGCUUUUGGGUGGAUUUGCUUUGGCUGCUGCCCUUAGCAAGUAUGGAAUUGCCAAAGCCUUUGCGUCUCACGUUCUUAGCCGCGCUGGUACAAGACCACACUUCGUCCUUUUGGCCAAUAUGGGAGUCGCUUGCUUCCUCAGUAUGUGGAUCAGUAACGUUGCCACUCCAGUACUUUGCUUUUCUCUUGUGCAACCUAUCAUUCGAACAUUGCCUCCUGGAUCUACUUUUGCUCCUUGCUUAAUUCUCGGUAUCGCUCUUGCAAGCUGCAUUGGUGGAAUGACCUCUCCAAUUUCUUCUCCUCAGAACAUUAUUACCAUCAACAACAUGUCGCCUUCCCCUGGAUGGGGUAACUGGUUUGCUGUUGCUCUUCCCGUUUCAAUUCUUUCUCUCUUCAUCACCUGGGGAAUCCUUCUGUUGGUUAUGCGUCCUGGAAGAACCACACCGGCUCUCAAUACUGUCAAGGCAACCAAGCAAGAAGUCACACGCUCACAAGUCUUCGUCUGCUUCAUCACUAUCGCUACUAUUGUUCUGUGGUGUGCUGAAUCAAGCUUGGCAUCUGUAUUCGGUGAUGCUGGUGUUAUCGCAGCAAUUCCCUUGUUCAUGUUUUUUGGAACUGGAAUUCUGGCUAAGGAUGACUUGAACGCUUUCUUGUGGUCUGUAGUUGUCCUCGCUCAAGGUGGCUCUGCUUUGGGUAAUGCAGUCAACUCUUCUGGACUCUUGCAAUACAUUGCUAUGAGUAUCAAGGAUGGUGUUGAGCAUCUUGAACCACUGGCCAUUCUUUGCAUUUUCUCUAUCCUAAUUUUGGUGUUUGCUACCUUUGUCUCUCACACUGUCGCUGCUCUCAUCAUCCUUCCUAUCGUCCAACAAGUUGGUUUGGCUUUACCCACACCUCAUCCCAAUCUUUUGGUCAUGGGAGCCGGAUUGGUCUGUUCAGCUGGAAUGGGUUUGCCUGUUUCAGGAUAUCCAAAUAUGUCUGCCAUUAUGAUGGAGGAUCCCACUGGAAAGCCAUACCUUACUACUAACGACUUCCUCAAGACUGGUGUUCCCGCUUCCAUCCUCUCCACCGCUGUUAUUAUCCUCGUUGGCUAUGGCAUCAUGACUGCUAUUGGCUAUUAAUCAUUUCCUUAUCCCGUCCCCAUAGCGAAGUUAAAACACGCUUUACACUAUUGUAAAUAUCUCACCAUACCUCUUCAAAUCAUUUCUGCCCAGAACAAUGGCACAUAGUGCAGUCAGUUCUCAAAUAGCAUUCCCAAAUUUCAGUACCUCAUAAAAACAAUCAAUAGACAUUCGUCCCGCGCAAAAAUUAAUUUUCGGCUU